AUGGCCGACGACGUGAGACAUUUCAUCAAGAAGCAUUUUGGAGGCUCCCCCUCUAAUCAAGUGACGUUGAUCGGCCAUUCCAUGGGAGCCAAAACAGCUCUCACUUUGGCCCUGGAAUCUCCCGAGCUGGUGGCCGAUGUGGUCGCCAUCGACAAUGCCCCGAUCCGCCUCCCUCUGCUCGAGGAUUUCGAUAGGUACAUUGAGGCCAUGCGACAGAUCGAGAGGGCGAGAGUCACGACCUUGACACAAGCAGAUGAGAUUCUGAAGGAGUACGAGAAGUCAUCCCAAAUCCGCCUCUUCCUACUCACCAACCUCACGGCCCAACCCAAAGACAAAGACAAAGGCAAAGGCGGAUUCCUCAAGUUCCGAGUCCCGAUCGACGUGCUCGCCCGCGCACUUGGGCCUCUGGGUGAUUUCCCAUUUCCUGUUGGCGGUCAUGGUCACGGUCACGGUCACGGUCAAGGUCACGGUCAUCAUGGUCACGAUCAUGGUCAUGGUCAUGGUCAUCAUGGUCACGGUCACGAUACUCCGCGCUUCGACAAGCCCACGCUGUUCAUACGGGCAUUACGCAGUCACUAUAUCCCCGACUGGGCGACCAGCCACAUCGAUCGGUAUUUUCCCAAUUCGACAGUGGUGGACAUCGAUUGUGGACACUGGAUCGUGCAGGAAAAGCCGCGGGAAUUCCAAGAAGUCACGAUCGAUUUCCUAACGCGGAACCUCGCGAACCCUGGGAAUGGGAAUGGGAGCUCGAGAAGAGGAAAGGAGUUGAGGUGA